AUGACUCGUAUGCAGGGACUCUCUCGGAGUACUUACUUGUCGACGACGAGGUGAGGAUGGUUACUAAUCCAACGCCAGAGACUGCUCAAGUGAAUGGCACAAACUUUCAGCCUGCAGAUGUCAAUGACAGGGUAUUAAGCAUUCAGUCACACGUCUCAUAUGGUUAUGUAGGCGGAAAGGCUGCCGUAUUUCCCCUCCAAUGUAUAGGCUACGAUGUCGAUGCAGUCAACACCGUGAAUUUUUCAAAUCACACCGGUUAUGGACUCUUUGGUGGCACUAGAACAUCUCCAGAAGAUCUCACGUCCAUCUUUCGGAUGAUGGAGGAGAUUGGCUUGCUGUCUCCUCGCAGACUUCUCACAGGUUAUAUACCAAACGCCGCUGCUAUGGAAGUCAUAAAGGAGCUUGCUCAAAAGCUCAAGUCACGUAACCCGCACCUCAUAUACCUUAUGGACCCUGUGCUCGGUGACUCAGGAAAGCUCUACGUGUCACAAGAUGUAAUACCCAUAUACAAGGAGAUGCUUUCUUUUGCGACCAUUAUCACUCCAAACUGGUUUGAAGUCGAGACUCUUACCGGUGUAUCACUCCUCUCCCUAAGCGCCCUCUGUAACGCCCUAUCCAUCCUACACAAGCACGUUCAACACGUCGUUAUUUCCUCUAUCCCCUUACAGCCAUGGUUAUCCGAUGUCAUACCUGAAACCAUGCAGCCUCCGGCCUCCACGUAUGACCAACAAGCCUAUCUCCUCUGCAUUUCUUCAUCCCGCACGAUAGGAUCAAACUCCCAUUCAACAGUGCACGCCAGACUCGUUCCACUGAUUCCAGGAUACUUCUCCGGUGUAGGCGACCUCUUUUCCGCACUAACUCUCGGGCACUUCAACCCAUCCCCCACACCUUCAGACGGCAAACUUCAUCCAGCAACGCAGACCCCAUUGUCAUUCGCCGUUGCCGCUGCUCUGCACAAGACGCACUCGAUCCUUGAGUUCACCAACACCUUUGCAGCGCAGCUUCCGCCUGAAGACCGCACGACUACUGAUGAUGAGUAUGACGCUGCUGAGCCCAUACGAAAGCUCAAACGAAUGAAGGCAAGAGAGCUUAGACUUGUGCAGGGGCAGCACAUAUUACGGGAGGAAUGGAGGGAGGGUCAGGGGAAAGACCUGCAAUUCUGGGAUGGAUUUUGGGACUCGUCUUAAGAGAUAUACCAGUUUCUGUAUAUCACUUAUCGUAUUACCCCCGGUCAGACUCAGCACACCUAACAUUAUAAAUUAUUCUUGCUUUUCCAAAGAAA